UUUUUUAUGACUUGCAGUUGCAGCAGGCUCCGAGAGUGCAUUCAAUCAAAUGAGGAGAUCUUAUUGAAACACUGGAUUCAUUUAUGUAUUGCAGUUUCUCCCCCCUUUUUUUUUUCUGUCUAUCUCUGUCUCUCUAUUACCUCCCUCUUUGCCUUCCUCUCUGGUCCCUUGUUUUCUGGAUGCUGGCUGUUAAUCAAGUUUCCUUGUGUGCUGUGCUCUUGUCCUCUGUAUUGGAGAUUAGCAUCAUCCGGGAGCUAACACAACUGAUCUGAAUCCUUUCCUUUUCUCUUUUUCUUCCACCUUCUUCUUCUUCGUCUUCAUUUGGAAGUGCUAGGACCCAGGAGACAUCCAUUCAAACAGCAGGAGUUCUUUCACAUAGCAGUACAGCUCAAGGAAAACCCCAUUGGAUCUGUUAUUGCAGGAUACUUGUGAAUAUAUACAUACACUGCUUCUUCUUUUUUUUUCACUGGCUGCAUCUUGAAUAUGGAGAGAUCUUAUAUGUAUAGUAAGGCUUUGCUCUGAAAAGCUACAGAUGCAGUGAGGAUUUUUCCUCUCUCACUCUCCCUGUUGAUAACAGACUUCUGUUGCUCUCUCUUCUUUAUGUCUUAUUUUUUAUAAUAACACUUCUUCUUUUUUUGAUGCUUUUGACGCACACCUGGAUUAGAUCGUCUACGACAAACAUAACUGGGUACUUUGACAGCUGGAAGAAGGCUGCAGGUCUUACGUCCUCCGUCUAGAUGGAAUUAUCCUAUAUGGUGGUGAACUUGGCACUUGUGAAUGGGGAUCCUUUUACUGAUUGCUAGCAGAAGCAGCAGCAGAAGCAGCAGCAGCAGCAAAAAACCCAUCUAUUUCUAACCCCAUAUCCAAGGAAUAAAAAAGGUUGGAUCUGCUGAGUAAGCAUUGUGAUGACCAACUAUCACCUUGCUGACUGAUCCCAACAGCAGAAUAUUUUGGAAGAACAUUCUGGAGUUCGGAUUUUAGAGCUGCAAGAUGAAAGCUCCUAUUCCACAUUUGAUCCUAUUAUAUGCUACCCUGACACAGAGCUUGAAGGUUGUUACAAAGAGAGGUUCUGCUGAUGGAUGCACUGACUGGUCUGUGGAUUACAAAAAAUAUCAGGUUCUGGUGGGUGAGCCCGUACGGAUAAAAUGUGCACUUUUUUAUGGAUAUAUCAGAGCAAACUACACAUUAGCACAGAGUUCUGGACUCAGCCUGAUGUGGUAUAAAAGUACUGGGCCUGGAGACUUUGAAGAACCAAUUGCUUUUGAUGGAAUAAGAAUGAGCAAAGAAGAAGAUGCUAUUUGGUUUCGGCCGACGGUGACAGAGGAUAGCGGUCUUUAUGCAUGUGUCAUAAGGAAUUCUACUUACUGCAUGAAAGUUUCUAUAUCCCUGACAGUAGGGGACAACGAUACCGGAUUCUGUUAUAACUCCAAGAUGAAAUACUUUGAAAAAGCUGAGCUGAGCAAAAGCAAAGAGAUCUUGUGCCCAGAAAUAGAAGAUUUCAUUAUGCCAUACAGAGAGCCAGAAAUCAAGUGGUACAAGGAAUGCAAAGCAAAGACAUGGAGGCCCAGCAUUAUUUUAAAAAGGGAUACUCUAGUUAUCAGGGAGGUUAGAGAAGAUGACAUUGGGAAUUAUACCUGCGAACUCAAGUAUGGAAGUUUUUUAGUAAGAAGGACCACAGAAUUGACAGUAACAGCUCCACUAACAGAUAAACCACCAAAGUUACUCCAGCCUUUGGAAAAUAAAUUAACAAUUCAAGAAGCUCAAAUAGGCAGCUUCGCUAAUUUAACCUGCAAAGCUUUUUUUGGCUAUAGCGGUGAUGUAAGCCCUUUAAUUUACUGGAUGAAAGGGGAAAAAUUUAUUGAAGAUUUAGAUGAAAAGCGUGUAAGAGAAAGUGAUAUCAGAGUUCUUAGGCAACAUCUUGGAGAGCAAGAAGUAUCGAUCUCAUUAAUUUUUGAUUCAGUUCAAGAUUUUGACUUAGGAAAUUACUCCUGUUAUGUUGAGAAUGGAAAUGGACGACGCCAUGCUAGUGUGCUCCUCCACAAAAGAGAACUGAUGUACACAGUUGAACUCGCUGGAGGCCUGGGAGCCAUUCUUCUGCUGCUUGUGUGUCUGGUCACCAUCUAUAAAUGUUACAAGAUUGAACUCAUGCUUUUUUAUAGAAAUCAUUUUGGCACUGAGGAACUUGAUGGUGACAACAAAGAUUUUGAUGCCUAUUUAUCAUAUACAAAAGUGGACCCAGAUCAAUGGAACCAGGAGACUGGAGAGGAAGAAAGAUUUGCACUGGAAAUUUUGCCUGAUAUGCUUGAAAAACACUAUGGUUAUAAACUGUUCAUACCUGACAGAGAUUUAAUCCCUACAGGAACUUAUAUCGAAGAUGUGGCAAGAUGUGUGGAUCAAAGUAAAAGGCUAAUAAUUGUUAUGACUCCCACAUAUGUAGUGAGAAGAGGAUGGAGUAUAUUUGAGCUAGAAACCAGACUUCGGAAUAUGUUGGUCACCGGGGAAAUCAAAGUCAUAUUGAUUGAGUGCAGUGAAUUACGUGGGAUUAUGAAUUACCAAGAGGUGGAAACUCUCAAACACACAAUUAAGCUUCUAACCGUUAUCAAAUGGCAUGGGCCAAAAUGCAACAAAUUGAAUUCAAAUUUCUGGAAACGUUUACAAUAUGAAAUGCCUUUUAAAAGAAUAGAACCCAUCACACAUGAGCAGGUUUUAGAUGUCAGUGAGCAGGGACCUUUUGGGGAACUGCAGACGGUCUCAGCAAUCUCCAUGGCUGCUGCCACUUCCACUGCCAUGGCCACUGCCCAUCCUGACAUCCGUUCUACCUUUCAUAAUACUUACCAUACUCAGAUGCGGCAGAAACACUAUUAUAGAAGCUAUGAAUAUGAUGUACCUCCAACUGGCACCCUGCCUUUUACCUCAAUAGGUAAUCAGCAUACUUAUUGCAACAUACCUAUGACACUUAUCAACGGACAGCGGCCACAAACAAAAUCAAACAGGGAGCAGCACCCAGAAGAAGCCCAUACAAACAGUGCUAUCUUGCCACUUUUGCCAAGGGAGACAAGUAUAUCUAGUGUUAUCUGGUGACAGGAAUGGUAGGGGCACAGCAGCCCCACCCCCACCAUUUUACAGUUGGAAGCGGAUCUUGCAGUCUGGUGCCUGGAACUUCAUCCUCGACUGCUGCUGUUAAACAUGCAUUACAAUCGUUAAUAUCUGAGGAAAAACAGGGUCUUGUACAUAUUUUUGCAAUUUAUUUGUAGCAUCAGUGUCUUCCUGUUUUACCCAUGUCUCUUGCCAUUACAUUUUUGACUUUGUUUUAUAUGUCAAUGAAAUUUGUCUAGUUACAUUUUUUAUGAAUAGACUGAUGUAUAGAUAGGCAACAUUCUCUUUUACUUCUCCUUAAGUAUAGUUUUACAUUUUUUUUUAUUUAAUCUUUUUCCCUUUUUUGGAAUGCUUGAACCAACUACUGGAUACGGAUCAACAUUCAUUUUGUUGGCUUUAUUAGUAUUAUACAUUCAUGAUGCUCAGCCUUCAGCAUCAAAAGAAAGAAGUAUGCAAGAUUCCAAUGACUCUUAUUUUUUUAAGAUAACCAGCAGAGCUCACUUUUGAUUCCUUCUGCCCACCUACCUGAUGGCAACAUGCUUGGUUACACUUCAAGAUGGUCUGAUUGUUUAACUUUUAACUAACUUAAAUGUCUAUCAUUCAACAAGAUUCCUGGUCUGUAUUUAUUGCUUUGCAGUAACAUAGAUCAUACAGUAGAAAGCAGUUUUAAUGGAAACAUUUUUAUAUCAAAAGUUUUUAGUUACGUUCGUUAUUUUUUCUUUAUUUUACCAUUUUCUUUUUAGAUUUUGUGAAGGGGUGAAUGGGGGGAUCACAUAUUGUUUAUAGUUUAUUGUUAACGUUUUCUCUAUUUUCAAAUACCACUUGAAAUGCUACAGUGCUCUAGUCAGAUAAAAAAAAACAUGCAUUGUUGAAGUUAUUUUUGUAUGGUGGUGUCCAUACCAAAGCUGAGAAAGACCUUGUUACUAUCAGAGACUCCUGUAAUAUUUUUAAAAUUGUUUUGCCUUAUCAGAUUUCAUUUUGUUAAGAUUACAACUUUAUCAGCUUAAAGGCAAUUUAAAUUUAUAACUCAGGAGGUAACAAACACCAGAUGUGAACGCCAACAUGCAUAAAGCCUUUCCAACAGAUUUAAUGUUUAUAAAGAUUAAUCAGACCUAAAAUGUUAAACACAUUUUACUGAAUAAAAUAAAGAAAUAUG